AUGCUCAUUGCCAUGGUGGAUAGGCUUACAGUACGGUUAGCCGAUUGCGCUCGACCGUACAGGACACUGGGCGUCUCUGAGCUGGAGACCGGCGGCCAGGAUGAUGGUGAUCGACUGCGAAGGAGCGAAAUUUACGCGGUCGCCGUCGCUGUGAUUAUUGCAUUCAUUGCGCCGUCGAAGAAUUACUCGGACCGUGUGCUGAUUGACGACGAACCUGAAAAAGGAGCUAAGAUUCCCCAUUUACGUCCAUUAUCGUCGACAGCGCCACCUCGGGCGGAUCUUGCAACUGAAGCAUUGUAG